GCUACGGGCAUAAAAAGUUUGCAGUGGCGGCCCGAACAAACUUUUGGAGAGAAAGAGGGAGGGGGGCGAAAAAAAACAUUAAGCGCGAUUAGAAGCGUGAGAGAAAAUGAGCGACGCCGAAGCACAGGGCGCUCAACCGUCGGCGCCGGCGAACGACCAGCCGCAAGUGGAGAGGAAAGUUAUAGCCACUCUGGUCCAAGGCACGGUGAAGUGGUUCAAUGUGCGUAACGGCUACGGCUUCAUCAACAGAAAUGACACCAAAGAGGACGUGUUUGUCCAUCAGACAGCGAUCAAAAAGAACAACCCCAGAAAAUUCCUGCGCAGUGUUGGAGAUGGAGAGAUUGUGGAGUUUGAUGUGGUUGAAGCGGCUAAGGGCUCGGAGGCCGCCAACGUGACGGGGCCGGGGGGUGUCCCAGUCAAAGGCAGCCGCUACGCUCCAAACAAGCGCCGCUUCCGCCGCCGGUUCUUCCCCCGCGGCCCACGCCCUGCCGGGGCUGACCAGGACAAGGGGCCAGAGGGCCCCCCCACCUCAGAGGGCGAGGGGGGCGGUGAGGGAGGCGGGCCGGAGCAGCAGUCCGUCCCCCGGCGACGUCGCCCUCGCCGGAGACAGGACGGACUGGCGGAGACGGAGGCAGGCGAGCAGAAGAACGGGGCGGUGGCGACGGCCGGGGACCUGCCUGCCCAGCAGAGACCCCCUCCCCGGAGGUUCAGACCCCAGUACCGCAGGCCCUUCCGCCCCCGCCCACCCCCGGGGGAGCAGCCCGCUCCCCCAGAUGGGCAGGAGGGGCAGACCAACGGGACGCAGAGGCCCCGCAGGCAAUUCACCCGCCGCCGGCAGAGGAACUCGGAGUCCUCCAGUCAGCCGCCCAAGGAUGGGACAGACAAGCCCUCAGCAGAUCCCAGCUCACCUCCCCAAGCUUCCAAACCUGCAGACCUUAAGUCUUCACCCAAUCCCUCCCCUAAGUCGUCUCCUAAAGAGUCACCAAAAACUGACAAGGUACCUGCCAUGACAGUGACUCCACCCUCAGAGUGAUGCUGUUGGGCUGUUGGAUCAUGUGACCCUUAUGAGAGGUUCCUGGGUGGUUUUUUCCUGGGGUUCGACCAGGGCUGUCUCACCACUCACCCACUGUGAACACUACCCCCUUCCCCCAUAUCCCCCACCCCCCCAACCCUCCCUGACCCUCCCCACCUGACCACCUUGUCUUGUCCGGACCCUCAGCUGGGUAUGUUUUAGGGAGGGGAGGGGAGGAAAGGUGUACAUUUAAAAGUUUAAGGGUGAUGGCAAAUUGAAAAUUACACCGUGAAAGAAAAAGGGAAAAAAAGUGAAAAUGAGAAACCUGCACUGACGGCCAGUUAUACCACGUUCCCCCCAGUUUACGUUGAUCUACCGAGAAUGGGUACGAGUGGUCAGGAUACGAGAGCCAGAACUCUGUGGCUAUUUAAGUUAAGGGAUGAGGAAAAGCCAUGUUGGGGUGGAGGGCUGUAUUUGGAGGAGGGUGACUUGCAUUGAGACCAAACCCCUCCUUGCUUACCUACCGCUCAAGGGAACUAAAAGAACGCCGCCCCCCCAUUUAGUAAUCGAGGCCUGAGCUUGUUAAUUUCCCCCCUUUUGUUUUGUUUGUCUUUAUUUUUGUUUGCACUUUGGAGGGGAUUAUGUGCA